AUGGAUAAAGUAACCUUCGCUCUAGUUAAAGCACAGGCGGCCAACAAAGCCAAUGCUGAAAACAACAGACUUUCUAAUUUUCUAUCUGAAAAUGGUGAUUCAACUGGAGAGCAAGAAAGGGAAAAAGAGAAAAAGCGACUGCAAAAACUGCAACAAAAACGAGCCAAAGAAAGAGAGAAGAUAAGGAAGAAAUACCGUGAGAAAUACAAUCUUGAUCAGAGCAAAGACAAAAGAAUCCCAGCUCACCCUCAGAAAGACCGGUGCGGCGAUUUGCGAAAAUAUGGAUCAGAAGUUGUCGCUAAGAAAGAGCAGGAGAGCCGUUGUUCUACAAUGUAA